AGUUCUUCCCAAGAUGGCGGCUACAGGUGACGUGCCGGUCCGAGUUUGCAACCAGGAGAUUGUCAAAUUCGACUUGGAGAUUAAAGCGGCGGUGCAGGAUAUUCGGGAUUGUAUGGGACCUGUAAGUACACUUACAGAACUGAAUGCCAAAGUAAAGGAAAAAUUUCAGCAUUUACGGCUUAGAAUACAGGAACUUGAACAGAUGGCUAAAGAACAAGAUAAAGAAUCAGAAAAGCAAGUUUUGCUCCAAGAAGUAGAAAAUCAUAAGAAGCAAAUGCUCAGCAAUCAGACAGCCUGGAGGAAAGCAAACUUAGCUUGCAAAAUUGCCAUUGACAAUGCUGAGAAAGAUGAACUGCUGCGUGGAGGAGACCCUUUACGACAAAGAAAAACAACAAAGGAGAGCUUGGCAGAGGGGGCCAGUAGCAUCACAGAGAACCUGAUGGGUAUUAGCAGGAUGAUGUCUCAGCAGGUCCGGCAAAGUGAAGAGACCAUGCAGACCCUAGUUAAUUCUUCACGAACCAUCGUAGAUGCCAAUGAGGAAUUCAAAUCCAUGUCUGGAACAAUACAGCUAGGACGAAAGCUCAUUACAAAGUACAACCGCAGAGAGCUGACAGAUAAACUGCUGAUCUUUCUUGCCCUUGCCUUGUUUUUAGCUACUGUGCUUUAUAUCCUGAAGAAGAGACUGUUUCCCUUUUUGUAAAAAUUCUCAAAUUGAGGAGAGGACGCAUGACUAUAAGGAAGAAGGAAUGGAGGAUUUAUUUCAAGGACCUGACACUGCUCUAAUAGGGGAAAACUUCUGGAAGACAGAACUUUAUACUGUAUAAACAGAAUGUUAAGAACUGUGGUGAAAAUCUAAGCUUACUUUAAGUAAGUGAACAAGGAACAAUAAGAAUGGGGUUGGCAGAGAAAAGGUGUGAUAUCUUGCUCUGAGAGUGGCAGAUGUUCAUCUUAAACUGGAAGGUGUGAGCUUGUCUCUUGGCCUGAAAGAUGUAUUCCACUUCCUUCUUCAGAGAUCAGUUCAGAGGAUGCCCUGAGAGGAGUGGAAAGAUAUUACAGAAAAUACAUUUAUAUACAUUCCUUUAAUAAAGUGUAUUUAAAUACAGAUAGAGCAGGUAAUCUCAUUUAUUUAUUUUAAAAUCUAAAAAAAUGGAAGGUGGUUAUACUGCCUUCUGAGUUAUACAAAAUGUUUACUUCCAGAAGUGAAAGAGGAAGUCAGUCUUCCUUUGACUGGGUUUAUUAGAAGCGUAUCUUUGUCCCUUCAUAUCUCUUGAGAUCAUAGUUCAGGUAGGCCCCUUUACUUCAUUCCAAUGUUUGCUUUGAAGGCCUGAUGUUGAUCAAUGAAUAGAAACGUAAUUUGCUUGUGAAACCUCUUUAAUGUUAACUUUUUAAUAUAAAAUAUAUAGGGUGUGUGUGGGGGUUGUCUUGUAAGAUUACAAACUAGUGGUAAAAUCCAUCUCUCCCUGUGCUAUUUCACUUCCUGUGCUGCACCAUUUCAGGACUGAGCUUAUGGGAGGAAAGCCCCAUGAGACACAACACAGCCCCUUCCUCCCCCCCCCUCUGUUGUCUCUCGGCACAUGGUAAUACGCAUAGCUGUUAUUGGGGCCCAAAGCCACACAUGCAGGCUACUCUCAUGCUGUAUGAGCAGCCUACAGGAUGGGGUCUAGAUAGAACAGGGUCAUUAUGACAGGAAAAGAGAGGCCUCCCAUUCCAGGUAAUGGCUGAACACAUUGCUGUGCACCCAGGACAAUGUGCGCCCAGCUAAGAGUUGCUAUAGGAGCGAGAGAAACAAGGGACAGGUAUUUAUUAUGUGCUAUGAUGUCCUUUCCAUGUGCACAGCUCUGUACCUAUGGGAGACGAUGAAUUGUGAUUGUGCUGUAAGCUUUUGGUUGACCGUAUGAAAGUAGCCUAGAGAAACCACAGCAAAAUACAAAAUAAAAUUGAUAUUUUCAAA